AUGACCACUGGAUCGACUGUUGUACAUUGCGCUGGGCUGCAGUGCGGAAAAGAGACUGCCUCGCAACUGAAGUGCCCCGUUUGUCUGCAGAACGGGCUCGUGCAGGUGUUCUGCGACGAGGACUGCUACAAGAGCAACUACAAGGCGCAUAAGGCGCUGCACUACCGAGACAACGAAUCGCGCGAGACUUAUGACCCGUUCCCACAGUUCAAGUACUCUGGGACCCUGCGGGCGCAGUACCCUUUGACUCCGAAGCGGGAGGUGCCCACCUCGAUUGAGAAGCCAGAUUGGGCCGAUGAUGGGAUGCCUGUCUCCGAGCAACAGAACGACCGGUUGAACAAGAUCCCCGUGUACAAGAAGGACGAGAUCAAGAAGAUCCGGAAGGCGUGUAUCCUGGGCCGUGAGGUCCUCGACAUCGUCGCUGCGCACGUCCGCCCCGGUGUUACCACUGACGAACUGGACGCGAUCGUCCACGAGGAGACCAUUCGCCGUAACGCGUACCCUUCGCCACUGAACUACUACAAUUUCCCGAAGUCCGUGUGCACCUCCGUCAACGAGACCAUCUGCCACGGGAUUCCGGACCGCACGGUGCUUAAGGAGGGUGACAUUGUGAACUUAGACGUCUCGCUGUACUACGGCGGGUUCCACGCGGACCUCAACGAGACGUACUACGUUGGAGAACCGGCAAAACUUUCAAAGCAGGCGAUCAACACGGUCGAGACCGCGCGUGAGUGUCUCAAACUCGCCAUCAAGAUGUGUAAGCCGGGCGUGCCCUUCCAAGCUUUGGGGGACCUCAUUGAGAAGCAUGCACACGAGAACAAGUGUUCCGUCGUCAAGACGUACUGCGGCCACGGUGUCGGCAAGUUCUUCCACUGUCCGCCCAGCAUCCCGCAUUACGCGAACAACAGGACCCCCGGUGUCAUGCAGCCCGGUAUGGUCUUCACCAUCGAGCCCAUGAUCAACGAGGGUACCUGGCGCGACGUCAGCUGGCCGGACGACUGGACGUCCACCACGCAGGACGGAUUACUCUCCGCGCAGUUUGAGCACACGCUCCUGCUCACAGAACAUGGCGUGGAGAUCCUCACCGCCCGCAACAAGAAGAGCCCGGGCGGACCACAGCAGAGAAUCAAGUGA